AGUGGACAGACUUACCGAGGGAAAGAAGGUUGAAGAAAAGAAGAAAGGAGACGAUUCGUGGGUCCCGAGAGAGACCAACAGUUGGGGAAUUGCCCGAGAAAGAGAAACUGACACAGGAUCCUGGGGGAGCAAGAAACCAGAAUGUGUUUAGUGCUUAAGGGAAGGGACCCGCCAAAGAAGAGGGGAGAAAAAGUAGAAUGCGUAAUAAUCCGCUCUCCAGGGGACAUUCUGGAGCAGAGUUCCUGAGAAGGUGGAAGGGCGAGGCGCCUGAGCUGAGGAACUACCUUUACACCUGAGGAGCGAUCUGAAGACCUGCUGCGUGCCCUGGGCGCCAUGGUCCACCUGCAGGCCUCUGAAGUGCAGCAGCUGCUCCACAACAAGUUCGUGGUCAUCCUGGGAGACUCCAUCCAAAGGGCGGUGUACAAGGACCUGGUGCUCCUGCUGCAGAAGGACUGCCUGCUCACUACCAACCAACUCAAGGCCAAGGGGGAGGAGACCUUUGAAAAGGACAAGCUGGUGGACGGAGGCCAGAUGGGCCCCAUGCACAAUGGCAUCCAGUACCGGGAGGUCCGCCAGUUCUGCGACGACCACCACCUGGUGCGCUUCUACUUCCUCACGCGCGUCUACUCCAGCUACCUGGAGGCCGUCCUGCAGGAGCUGCAGUCCAGCGAGCACGGCCUCCCGGAUGUGAUCAUCAUGAACUCGUGCCUCUGGGACCUGUCCAGGUACGGCCCGGACUCCUGGCAGAGCUACCUGAAGAACCUGGAGAGCCUGUUCGGGCUCCUGGGCCAGGUGCUGCCCGAGUCGUGCCUGCUGGUGUGGAACACGGCCAUGCCCGUGAGCGAGCAGAUCACGGCGGGCUUCCUGCCGCCCGAGCGCCAGCCCGGGGAUGACUCCCUGAGGGUCCAAGUCAUUGAAGCCAACUUCUACAGCUCUACCGAGGCGAAGAAGCACGGCUUUGACGUACUGGACUUGCACUUCCACUUCCGCCGCCACGCGGAGCAGCACCUGCAGCGUGACGGUGUGCACUGGAACGAGCGCGCGCACCGCCACCUCUCCCAGCUGCUGUUGGCGCACGUGGCCGACGCCUGGGGCGUGGAGCUGCCGCAGCGCAACAGUGUGCGCUCGUGUAUCCUGACCGGCCCGGCGAUGGGGGGACGCGGCCGGGGCGUUCAGAGGCGGAGGCAGGCUGGCAGGGUUCCACGGGCUUUCCCGCCCUCAAGAUACGGCCCCCUACUCCCGAGCCCCCUUCUGCCUCUGCCCCAGCCUCCCUGCCUGCCCUUGCCCCCGCAGCCUCAUCCCUUUCCUUUUCAUCCGGCGAUGCCGCGGUUCCUCUUUUGUCCCCAAGAUACGAAUUUUGCCUCAGACGAGCCUUUCCAGUCGGAUCAGAUUUCAAACUAUUUCCAUUCAGAUGUCCUCUCACCGACCCAGACAGGAUUUUCUUCUGAAGAUGACUUCAUGAUCGAUCCUCAGCCCCCGGUGCCCCUUGGCCCCGUACCCUAUCUGCAGCGAGCCCCUCUGGUUCAUAGGGGCUUCCCCCGCUAUGUGCCUCGUGGCCCCUAUGCGCCCUGGGGUCGGCGGCCGAGAUCUUCCAGGAGACGGGCCCAUUCCCGCCCACAGCCAAGGCCUCAGUAAACCCUCCUCAUGUUUGUGGACUGGACAGAUCAUCGGACUCUCCCGAAACAGACUGACCUUGUUAACUUAAGCCUUUGGUCCGUGCUCAGACUUCAGUUCAGUCAUUGAUGUCACCGGUAAUGGCAGGGAAGGGCCGUCUCCUCCAUUUUUGUUGACUUUGGCCUCUUCCUCUGUUCUCAGGGGGUGACCAAGCAUUAUUCCCACCUCCCCCACUCCCUAUUCUGUUUCUCUUUUUUGUAAACGGAAAAUGGAAAUAAAGAAGUUGUUUCAUGAAA